AUGAAUCAUCGUCGCCCAUCAGCAGCGUAUAUAUCGAAUAAUAUUAUUAAUCAAUUAUCAGAAAAUUUUUCUAGUGAUGAAGGUUGUCGAAUAUUGAGUAAUAUUGUAAGUGAUGAAUGUAAAGUUCUACAAGAUAUUAAAAAACUUCUUGAAAAACGAAUUUCAUUUGAUGAACAAUAUGCAAAAAAUCUUCAAGAUUUAACAACACAUGCUAAUCGUAUUACAUGGCCAGUAAAUACAAAUUCAAUUGCACCGGUAUGCCGAGAAAUUUUUUUACAAUGGUCUCAAUUAGCAACAACAAUAAAUUCAAAUACAGAACAAUUUCGAAAAAUUGUACUGGAUGAUUUACUUAAAGGAUUUAUUGAACAAAAAAAUGAUUCAAAAAAAUUCUUAGAUGAUGAGAAACGUCGAUAUGAUGGUGAACGUCGAAAGGCUCAACGUGAUGUUGCUGAUGCUGAAAAACGUUAUUUAGACGAAGCAAAAUCAUAUGUUGCCAAGAAUAAUGAACUAACAAAACUUCAGAAUAAUGCUCGUAAAAAUGAUGAUUCUCGAUUAAAAAAUUUAAAAGAUGUAGUUAUUGAAAAACGAGGCAAUGUAUAUCGUGCACAUAAUGAUUAUGUUCUUAAAAUUCGUGAAUAUAAUUUUAUUGAUAAAGAAUAUAUUCAAAAAGUUCGAAAUUUACUUAUUUAUCAUGAUGAAUCACAAUCGAUUAUUAAUAAAUCAUGGCAAAGUUUACUUGAAGCUAUGAUUAAUUAUUUAAGUUAUAAACAUUCUGAAUCAACUGCAACAAUGGAAUCAUUACGAAGAAUGAUAUCAUCUCUUGAUCCACGUCAUUUCUAUGAUGAAAUGUGUAGAGUUCAUUCAAAUGUUACUCAAAUAACAACUAAUCCACAAGUAUUUAAUGAAUUACUUCUACAAACAUCAGGUUUAAUAAAAUUAAAACAAAAUCAAUUUAUUGGUGAUAGUUCAACAAAACAAGAUUUAAAACAAAAAAUUCAUACAUUAACUAUGGGUAUAAAUGAACCAAUACCAAAAAUUAUUAAUUUUGCUCAUGAUAAACAAAAGCUAGUUAAAUAA